AUGGCUGCUUCAGCAGUCCAGUCGCUCAAGUGCGUCGUUACCGGUGACGGUGCUGUCGGAAAGACAUGUCUCCUCAUCUCAUACACGACGAACGCAUUCCCCGGCGAAUACAUCCCCACAGUCUUCGACAACUACUCGGCAAGUGUGAUGGUCGAUGGCAAGCCGAUUAGCUUGGGUCUCUGGGAUACGGCUGGUCAGGAGGAUUACGAUCGUUUGCGGCCGCUCUCCUACCCCCAGACCGAUGUCUUCCUCAUCUGCUUCUCCAUCGUCAGCCCGCCCUCGUUUGAUAACGUAAAGGCAAAGUGGUACCCUGAAAUCGAUCACCAUGCGCCCAAUGUGCCCGUCAUCCUGGUCGGCACCAAGCUCGAUUUGCGAGAGGAUCCUGCCACACUCGAGAGUCUGCGCUCUAAGAGAAUGGAACCCGUAUCAUACGACCAGGCUCUGGUUUGCGCCAAGGAGAUCCGCGCCGUCAAGUACCUCGAAUGUUCCGCGUUGACGCAAAGAAACCUGAAGAGCGUCUUUGACGAGGCCAUCCGAGCUGUCCUCAACCCCCGGCCGCAAGUCACGAAACAAAAGAAGUCCAAGUGCACCAUCCUAUAG